UGGAGUCAACCAAAACUUCGCAUCCGUAUAGGAAAACGCGGUGCGUUCGAACGGCAACUUCGUCCUUCCUUCCCUUCUUUCUCUAUAUAUCCAUUCUCCCCUCCACCCUCUCGUCUUUUCUAUAUAUCCAGUCUCCUCUCCAUCCUCUUUUCCCAACACUCCUUCACUGCUCCUCCCAACCUUUUCCCCUCCCAGUUUAGUCCCAGUUCUUUGGGCCACCGUGACUUGCAGAUAGAUAUUAUUGUUUGCAGCCAUGGGAACACAAGCUCCUUCUACUCCCCCGGAAUCAUAUGAUAUAAGCAGCAAGUCCCAGAAGGAGAAGUCGGUCGAUGAUUGGCUUCCGAUCACGUCAUCCCGGGAUGCCAAGUGGUGGUACUCAGCAUUCCACAAUGUCACGGCCAUGGUCGGAGCCGGUGUCCUCAGCUUGCCAUAUGCUAUGUCUGAACUUGGAUGGGGGCCAGGCAUUGUAAUCCUAAUUCUAUCAUGGAUCAUCACCUUAUAUACUCUGUGGCAAAUGGUGGAGAUGCAUGAGAUGGUACCUGGGAAGCGAUUCGAUCGCUACCACGAACUGGGGCAGCAUGCCUUUGGAGACAAGCUUGGUCUUUGGAUUGUGGUGCCUCAGCAGCUUGUGGUGGAGGUGAGCGUCGACAUCGUGUACAUGGUCACAGGAGGGCAAUCUCUAAAGAAGUUCCAUGAUCUUGUCUGCCCUAGCUGCAAAAGCAUCAAACAAACCUACUUCAUCAUGAUCUUUGCCUCGGUGCACUUCGUGCUCUCCCAGCUGCCCAACUUCAACUCCAUUUCAGGCGUCUCUUUGGCCGCUGCCGUCAUGUCUCUCAGCUACUCCACCAUUGCUUGGGGAGCUUCUGUGGACAAAGGUAAGCAAGAAAAUGUUGAAUAUGGAUACAAAUCUUCAAGCACGGCAGGAACGGUCUUCGGUUUCCUCAGUGCACUAGGAAACGUUGCUUUCGCAUAUGCCGGUCACAAUGUGGUCUUGGAGAUCCAGGCAACUAUUCCUUCCACCCCUCAGAAGCCAUCAAAGAAGGCUAUGUGGAAGGGUGUCAUUGUUGCCUACAUCGUUGUUGCUCUUUGCUACUUCCCGGUUGCCCUCGUUGGUUACUGGGCCUUUGGCAAUGGGGUCCAGGACAACAUCCUCCUUAGCCUGGACAAGCCAAGGUGGCUGAUUGCCGCGGCCAACAUGAUGGUUGUCAUCCAUGUCAUUGGGAGCUAUCAGAUUUAUGCCAUGCCUGUCUUUGACAUGAUGGAAACUGUGCUGGUGAAGAAGCUUCAUUUUCCUCCGGGUCUUAUGCUUCGCUUAAUUGCUCGAUCUGUAUAUGUCGCGUUGACAAUGUUCAUUGGUAUAACCUUCCCUUUCUUUGGAGCACUACUUUCAUUCUUUGGAGGAUUGGCAUAUGCCCCAACUUCAUACUAUCUCCCCUGCAUCAUAUGGCUUCUCAUCUACAAGCCUAAAGUGGGUAGCUUAUCUUGGAUCGCUAAUUGGAUCUGCAUCAUACUCGGGGUCCUAUUGAUGAUUUUAGCACCCAUUGGUGGAUUAAGGCAAAUCAUACUCGAAGCAAAGACUUACAAAUUUUACUCAUAAGCUGCCAGUCAAGAAUAUAAAGGAAUGGAGUAAAUGGAACCAGUUGAAGUCAGAUGAUGGAAAUGAUGACAGGUUCCGCAUGCCAAAACAGUGCCUUCAUGUUAACGAAAGUCAUUUGUCUGAGGAUUGAUUUGGCUGGUUUGAUUUGUUUGAUAAAAAUCAGUGUCAAAAUAAAAAUAGGUGGAGAACCAUAUCUCAAAAGAUGCAUCCUUCUGCUAUUUAAAUAUUACUAUCUUUUGUUGUCCUUCAUGCGCACUAUUAAAUGCAAUGGAACAUAAUGCAAUGUGGCUCCAUUA